GGGCUUACGACUGGUGGGGGAGAUGCAGCCAUGUGUGGGCUGCGGGAAGCGAAGGGCAGGCGGGCACCGGUGCCGCGGCGUGGCACCCGCGCGGCGGUACCGUUCAGCAAAACCCACAUCGACCUCACGGGCCCGUUCUCUGACGCGCUGGGCGGCUCCUGGUACCUGGUCAUGUUCGUGGACAGCGCAUCGCGGUGGCAACGGGGGUACGGGAUGCGGGCAAAGAGCGACACCCUGAAGUUCGUGCAGCGGUUCCUCGCCGACAUGAACGGCAUGGGCACUCCGGGGUGUUUCCGCAUGGACAACGGCGGCGAGUUCACCGGCUCCGCGUUAACCUCGUUCUGCGACGCUGCUGGUAUUCGGCGCGAGUACACCGCCCCCGACACCCCCAAGCAAAACGCGGUGGUCGAGAGCGCCAUAUGGCGCGCCAUGAAGGGGGGCCACGCCGCGCGCCGCCACAUCCUCGCCAUGGACCACGUCGACCUCUCCUCCAUCCCCAACGUCGGCGUCAACGGACAUCGGCCGUGGCUCGCGUCGGCGCUGUGGGCAUCCACCUGCUUCAACCGCUCCGCUACGAAGGCCAACCUGGGCUGGAUGUCGCCGUUUUAGGCGUUCUUCGGCCGGAAGCCGCCCCUCACCGUC